ACGCAACAAAGCUUCGAGUCUGCCGGAAAGCCACACGAAUAAGAUAUAUUUACCACUGAUAUAAAGGUGGGAGGAAAACUAAAGAGAGGAAAAUACAAUUCAGGUGGCUCUCAGCUCUCUGCUAUGUCUUUGGAGAAGACCUCCGAUCUGGCCAAUGAGAACACAUGUCUGCCGUCCUCACUGACCCUUGACCUCCGCUCCCCACAUAGUGCUCUGCUUGAUUCUGACCUGAGCAAGAAGGCCAAAGGCACCACCUCCACCAAGAAGCGCCACAAUUAUGCCACAUCUACUCCUCUGGAUCUGCUGAAUGGCACCAAGGGCGGCAAUGACAUCGAUGAGGAUGAGUGCAGUCAGCAGCGAGAGGAGGAGAGGGUCCGGAACCAGGAGAACGAGCAGGGCCAGCACAGCACAGGGACCAAUGCCAAGUGGCUCAAGGAGGAUCAGAAUCAACUGCGCAAGGUGGCAGAGAGGCAGCAGGACCAGAAUAGAAAUUCUGACCAAGAUCUGAAUCACAACGAGAGCCCAGAAGGAAACCCCAACCAGAACUCUUUAGUGGUGGACCAGCAGGUGGAGGUCAGUGAGCAGAAUCACUCUUCUAAGACCCUGAGGUCCCUGUGCUCUGACCUGAAUGAGCCUCUGCUGAUCGAAACCUCAGAAGCCCCUCAUGGGAAAGAGGAAGAUGAGGAAGAGCCUCUACUUCUUCCAAGUGGUGGAGAGAGGGACACAGACUCGUCUGAGGCGCAAAGUAGCAGCGAGUCUCGGCGAGAUGACAGUAGAGAAGUCAAGGAAACCUGCCUGCUGUUUCAGGGCAGAAAUGCAGCACCCAGUGAUGAGGACUCCAGCUGUAUGUCACUGUCUCAGGGCAGCACAGCCAACAGCACGCCGGAUGGUGACCCAGAAUCUUACUGGGAUCGCAGUGCGUUUGAGACUGACACAGACCUGCCUGCGGGGUGGAUGCGGGUCAGAGACGAGUCCGGUACCUACUACUGGCACAUCCCCACAGGCACCACCCAGUGGGAGCCCCCCUCUCCCCUAGAGGAGGGAGAAGCCCCAGAGAGACCCUCCAGUACCUCCCCUGUCAUCACACCCAGUGAGGAGCCACAGUUGACGUGGAGUAGUCUCACCCAGUCCCGCCCCAACAGGUUUAAUGACGAGGAGUUCUGGAAGGAGGAAGAUGCAAUGGCUGAUCAGACCCUGAAGGAUUUUGAAGGAGCCACAUUGCGUUAUGCGUCUAUCAAUCUCAGCUGUUCACAGUCUGAAGGAAAGGAGAAGAUGAACUCACUCAUCAAUGACCUGGACGCUAAGGUUUUUGCGGUGCGGUCUCUGGGCUGGGUGGAGAUAUCAGAGGAGGAGAUGGCUCCAGGGAAGAGCAGCGUGGCUGUCAACAACUGCAUCAGACAGCUCUCUUACCACAAACACAACCUGCACGACACGGCUGGGAUCUGGGGAGAGGGAAAAGACAUGCUCCUUGUUCUGGAGAAUGAGACCUUGAACCUGAUUGAUCCUUUGGGCCAGACUCUGCUGCACACCCAGCCUAUCGUCAGCAUCCGAGUGUGGGGAGUGGGCCGGGACAACGGCAGGGAGAGGGACUUUGCCUACGUGGCGAGAGACAAACUGACUCAUGUUCUGAAGUGCCAUGUGUUCAGGUGUGACACACCUGCUAAGAACAUUGCCACGAGCAUGCAUGACAUCUGCUCUAAGAUAAUGGCCCAGAGGAAAUCAUCCAAGUCCUCUCUGAACAGACUCAACAUAGACCCCUCUAAACUGGUGGACAUUCCUUUCCAGGAAUUCCCUGCACCAAAGAAUGAGCUAGUCCAGUCCUUCCAGGUACGUUACCUGGGUAACGUGCCGGUGGCUAAACCCGUAGGUAAGGAACGCUUUGGUAUGGACCUAGUCAAUGUAGCCCUCAACACAGCAAUCAAUUCCAAAGAGAAGGAAGAGUGGACGCCAGUUACUGUGAACGUGGCUUCAGCCACACUUACAAUAGUCACAGCUGAGACAGAGGAGGUUCUUUCUGAGUGCCGGGUGCGGUUCCUGUCCUUCAUGGGCGUGGGGAAGGACGUCCACACCUUUGCCUUCAUCAUGGCCGAGGGCCCCGGGGACUUCAUCUGCCACAUGUUCUGGUGUGAGCCCAACGCUGCCAGCCUUAGUGAGGCUGUGCAGGCCGCCUGCAUGCUGCGCUACCAGAAGUGUCUGGAUGCCAGGCCCCCCAGUACCAGCUCCUGCCUGCCAGGCCCACCGGCCGAYUCCGUGGCACGUCGUGUGGGCUCCAGUGUCAAGAAGGGGGUUCAGAGCCUGCUAGGCAGCUUCAAGAGGUCUGGGUCCCAGACGCCCUGAGAGGUGCCAACCAACUAACCCACUCCAGUCCAGGCCCAGCCCACCAUGCCAACCAUGGCUCUCCUCACUCCUCCAUUCCCUCUCUCUCCCCCCACCCUGAGGUGUUAUGGUAUAACCUGCUUCCCUCUCAACACCUGUCAUCUCUUUUAGAUGUGAUGUCAGAGCCGUGGGCAGUGUGGGCUGCCGGUGUGGUUGGGGUACCAGUGAGCCUAACACUGCUCACAGCUGCUCCACGCUUUUCACUUCCUUCACGUCAUCCUUGGUUGGACAAGUAGGCCAUGUUUUCCUUCCAUUGUUUAUUUAAUCUGUGAGUUAUUAAGAGGAAACUGCUGGACUCAUGGACAGUGGUUUGAAUGACAGCAAUAGUUGGUUAAACUUGGUCUAGUUUGCAAAGUACCAACACUAAUUAUGCUUAGGAAAACAGUACUGUUCUGUAACAUUGUGUCUGCUAUUUGUUUUGCAGAACAAAUAUAUUAUUUGUGAAGAUAGAAAUGGAAGAUGUGCAAUUGAAUUGUGAAUGUUGAACUCAUGCCAUUUGCUUGUGGAACUAUCAUGUUGGUUUUCAUUUCAAAGUAGAUUUGAAAGAAAUGAUUGAGAAAUAAAAUGGCAUGAGAAGUCUGUAUAAAAUGCAUCAUGGUGAAUGUCAGUGGUGGAAGAACUAAGACUUGCUAGCUACGAAUAUAAUAUUCGGCAAAUAAAAUGCUAAUCGUUUGGGUCAUUAAAAUCUAUACUUUGUACAGUACAUUUGUUAAUGCCUAAAUAGCUUAGCAUCCCCUCUUCCAUCUGAUGGAGCUGGUAAAUCAGCAAGUGCAUUAUCUUUAUUUUAUAGCUAUAUUUUUAUUUGUAUGUGUAUUGCAAAUUGCACUAAAAAGUGUAGUUCAGCUCCUCAAAUCUGAAAUGGAGAUGGCAUACUUUUAGAGCAUGGCUCAAGUUUUAAUGAAACCUCAAAUCUCAAAGAAAGCUUUGGCUAUCUCUUACUGCACUCCAGCUGUAUACCAAGUGGAGGGUACUGUAUGUUGGAGUCAAGGAAUAUAUCAUCUUUGUGAUGCCAAAGCUAGAAGAAUCAUGUGUUUUUAUGCUGUUCCUCUUCAGAUCUAUUGUGUGGAAAUCGACCUGAAGCUGAUUUUACCAUCAUUUUGUUAUGUUCAGAUAACCAAAAAAAAAUCUAUCUGUUUAACGACAUUUUUCUUUCGUGUAUGUUUUUACACAAACGUGUCAAGUGUUAUACGUUGUUCCCUCUACUCCAUUCUCUAUGCAUGUUUAGUGUAUGUUUUUUGUUACGUCUAAGCAGAGUGACAGAGCUACUGUUCGCUACCGAGGUGUCCCUGCACACUAACAUCUGCCAACUUUUGUCUCUUAACCAAUUGGGUGUAAGGGCAGAUGGAACGUUAGUAUUGUUGCGAUAGACCUGACACUGACAAAUAAAAUUGUAUUUGUCACAUGUGCCGAAUACAACAGUGAAAUGCUUACUUACAAGCCCUUAACCAACAAUACAGUUCAAAUUACACCAAAGUCUGUCAUUACCACACACUGUUCAUUUAACACCGACAUUUUUUACAUUUACGUUUCUGAAAUGUAUGACCUCCCUCGGGUGGGCUUUCAAAUAGUCUUGUUCAUGAGCAGUGUGUCUUACAACACUAUAGGAGAGCUAAGAAGCCGGACACAUUCAGUCUUCAGAAGGCAUUUUGUUAUGCAGAGAUUGCAAUACGGAAAGUAUUGCUUACCCACAGACAGUGUUUGUCUGUGAAAGAGACUGACUUAGACUAUGUGUUGGAGUUUCUUCCUGGCGGUGUGUGUAAGUCUUACGAACACUUCACUGCAUAUGAACACGAUAUCUUUAAAAUACUCUAUCCCAUAGUUGACUGACUAGAUUUUCCCCUUUUUUUGAAUGCAGUUGGUUCAAAAUAAGUUAUAUUUUUUAUGAAAUUAUAUUUUUCUAAGUGUGUAUAAUAUACUGUAUCUGUGAGGUAGACAUGCCUUUUUUAGCCUCGGUUCUUACCACUGUGGUCACUGGUGCAGCAGUGUUUCCAAAUCUGUAUCAGUAGACUAUAAUUAUCCUCCUUCGCAUUAUAGAACCACAGUUCUCCUUCCUCUCUCUGAUCUGUUUUGGACAGCCAUUUGACCAGACAAUAAUGGAUUUGGCUAAUGCCUUGCUUCAGCUGCUCUGUCACUAAGUAUUGACUCAUAAAAACAAGUGUAUGUACAAUUUAGUUUUUUGGUUUUACACAUUCAGAAUUAAUUUAAAACAAAAUGUUUUUAACUGAAUUUGUGUCUGUGUAAUUUCCUUUGCUCCUAUAAUUGUUACUCCUUACUAUACACACUAUGUACUCCACUACUUACUAUAAGUGUCAGACAUUGGUUGCCUUAUACAAACAGAGCUUCCUGGUGUUCUAUUUGAUUUUGAAUGCACACUGUGUAAUGUUGUACCAUGCUUUGCUUCUGGAGGCCUCAAGAAUACUUUCAAGAAAUGUUGUGUGUUGUGGCUAUAGAUAUGACUACAUGAAUUCAAAUGUUUUUCCUCCCAUUUCAAUAGUGACUGUCACUACACAUCUCAUCCACUUAAUUCUCACCUGUUUAUUUUCAGUUUUGCUGAGAAACCUGUUUUCACCCAUAUAUAUUCACUACAAUGUAGAUGUCAACCUAUGGGAGCACAUUGCAUGGCUGACCCAUAAAUGGUAUAUAAGGACUGACCCCAGACUCAGAACAGGGGAGCUCAGAGGUCUUCAGUGUGUUUCAGCUCUGUAAGGACAACUAUAGGACACGAUAGGAAGUCUUGAGUAUACGUUUAACGUACCCAUUGGAUUGUCUAUUUAUAUGCCUUGUUGUGUACGUUUCAGAUAUUUAGGUUGCUUUGGUGACAUUAAAUUAUAAAUAUUUGUCUAAUUAAGGAUUAGUCUUGGCAAUAAAAAAAAGUCAUAUGCUUUUCUUUAAUUUAAGAUUAAUAUUAUUGAAUGAUUACAUGUUAAGGAUGAGAAACAGACUUUGAUCCAAAUCAACUGCAACACUAAUAUGAUAGGGAUGUGAUCAUGUCCUCUGUCAUAAGCCAUGGAAAAUAUAUGUACAUUCUCUUGACAAACCUGAA